AUGAGCAAGAAGAAGCUAGACGCUGACACGUUCCCCCAAAUGCCCUCCGGGGAUCUUGUGUUGACCUACUUCGGAACCGAUUUCCUUAUGCACGACGUAAAAGUUUAUGGGUCCUUUGUUUUUUCGGAGGAGUUGCGUGAGGUCUACCUUGGAGAGAAAGGAGGAGGACAUGCGCUUAAUUAUGAGAGCUUAGCAACGUCUAGACUUGGCGGGGCAUUUGGAGAACUUCCGGGCGUGGAGCUGGGAAAGCGAUAA